AUGUUCUCCUGUAACACCAGCACGUUUGGUCACUCUACCUUCCUCCUCACUGGCUUUCCAGGCCUGGAGGGCUCUCAUCAUUGGGUGUCCAUCCCCAUCAACCUGAUCUGUGUGGUUUCCAUUCUGGACAGCAGUAUGAUUCUCUUCCUGAUCUGCACAGAUCCAGCCUUACAUGAACCCAUGUACAUUUUCCUGUCCAUGUUGGUGGCCUCUGAUUUAGGCCUCUGUGCCUUUACCUUCCCCACCAUGGUCCGGCUUUUCUGGCUGGGGUCUCAUGAGCUGCCCUUUGAUCUCUGUGCAGCACAAAUGUUCUUCAUUCAUGCCUUCACUUAUGUUGAAUCUGGUGUGUUGCUGGCCAUGGACUUUGAUCACUUUGUUGCCAUCUGGGACCCUCAGCAUUAUGCCACAAUCUUUACCCACUCAGCCACAGCCAAGGUAGGGGCUGCCAUCCUGGUGAGGGCUAUCCUGCUCAACCUCCCAGGACCCACUCUCCUGCAGCGGCUGCUGUUUCCCCAGAUCAGUGUACUAUCUCACUGCUAUUGCCUGCACUGUGACCUUGUGGGGCUGGCGUGCUCAGAUACCCGGAUCAACAGCUUGGUUGGCCUGAUCUCCAUCCUUCUCUCACUGGGCCUUGACUCUUCCCUCAUCGUGCUGUCAUAUGCCCUGAUCCUACGGACUGUGCUGAGCAUCACAUCACCUAGGGAACGGCUCAAGGCACUCAACACAUGUGUCUCACACCUCUGCAUUGUUCGUAUCUUUUAUUUGCCCAAACUGGGGCUGUUUGUAUUGCACCGAGUAGAGAAGCACAGCUACCCUGCCCUGGCAGUGCUCAUGGCCAAUCUGUACUUCUUAGUCCCACCCUUCAUGAACCCCAUUGUCUACUACAUCAAGUCUAAGCAGAUCUGUCAGGGCCUCAUGAAACACUUCCAGCAGAAAAGGGUUGAUGUUACCUAG